UGUUUGCAAAAGUCAAGGCUCUUCACAGAGGAAGUAACCAUGAUGUUGUUUUCUCCGUAUCUGCAAGGAAAAGGGCGGCGGAACUUGAGCUCCCCGCCCACCGGCGGAUGACAGGGGCGCGGGAAAAGGGUCGUCGACCAGCGAUGCGUGGGCCGGCCUUCAUGUUCAACGACCACACCACCAGCAUGACCGCCGAGGAGGAGCGCUUUCUGGACGCCGCCGAGUAUGGCAACAUCCCUGUGGUCCGCAAGAUGCUGGAGGAGUCCACCACGCUCAAUGUCAACUGUGUGGACUACAUGGGCCAGAAUGCAUUGCAGCUUGCGGUGGGCAACGAGCAUCUGGAGGUGAUGGAACUGCUCUUGCGGAGGGACAACCUGGCACGCAUCGGUGACGCCUUACUCCUGGCUAUCUCAAAAGGGUAUGUUAGGAUCGUGGAAGCCAUCUUGGCCCAUCCAUCCUUCCAAGCCAGCGAGCGGCUGACGCGGAGUCCGUGUGAGCUGCAGGACGAUGACUUCUACUCGUAUGACGAGGAUGGCACACGCUUCUCGCCCGACAUCACCCCCAUCAUUCUGGCUGCACACUGCCAGAAGUACGAGGUGGUACACAUGCUGCUGUUGAAGGGCGCUCGCAUUGAGCGGCCACAUGACUACUUUUGCAAGUGCCCAGAAUGCACCGAGAAACAGGGCAAAGACGCUUUCAGCCACUCACGUUUGCGCAUCAAUGCCUACCGGGGCCUGGCUAGCCCGGCGUACCUUUCACUGUCUAGCGAGGACCCGGUGCUCACCGCGCUGGAGCUCAGCAAUGAACUGACCAAGUUGGCCAACAUCGAGAAGGAGUUCAAGAAUGACUAUCGCAAGCUGUCUAUGCAGUGUAAGGACUUUGUAGUGGGAGUGCUGGACCUCUGUCGGGACACGGAGGAAGUGGAAGCCAUUUUGAAUGGAGAUGUUACUGCUGAGAAGGAGGCGGGGAAGGGCCUUCGCUCUCUCCUGAGCAGGGUCAAACUGGCCAUCAAGUACGAGGUGAAAAAGUUUGUGGCCCACCCCAACUGCCAGCAGCAGCUGUUGACGAUCUGGUAUGAGAACCUGUCGGGCCUGAGGGAGCAGACCAUCGCUGUGAAGUGCCUGGUGGUGGUGGCGGUGGCCUUUGGUCUGCCCCUACUGGCCAUGGGCUACUGGUUCGCUCCCUGCAGUCGGCUAGGAAAUGUCCUGCGCAGCCCCUUCAUGAAGUUUGUGGCCCAUGCCGCCUCCUUCAUCAUCUUCCUGUGCCUGCUGUUGUUCAACGCAUCAGACCGCUUCCAGGGCAUCAGCACCAUGCCAAACGUGACCGUCACUGACCACCCCAUGCAGAUCUACCGGGUCAAGACCACCGAAUUCAGCUGGACCGAGAUGCUCAUCAUGGUCUGGGUCACAGGGAUGAUGUGGUCGGAGUGUAAGGAGCUGUGGACCGAGGGGCCCAGGGAGUACAUGCAGCAGCUGUGGAACGUUCUGGACUUCGGCAUGCUUUCCAUCUUCAUUGCCGCUUUCACCGCUCGGUUCUUUGCCUUCCUCCAGGCCACCAGAGCCCAGCAGUACGUCAACGAAAAGAUCCACACCACCGACCUCUCCCUAGUGACCCUACCCCCGGAGGUCAAAUACUUUACCUACGCAAGGGACAAAUGGCUGCCAUCGGACCCCCAGCUGAUCUCCGAAGGGCUGUACGCCAUCGCUGUGGUGCUGAGCUUCACACGCAUCGCUUACAUUCUGCCGGCUAAUGAGAGCUUUGGACCACUCCAGAUCUCCCUGGGCCGCACGGUCAAAGACAUCUUCAAGUUCAUGGUCCUGUUCAUCAUGGUCUUCCUGGCGUUCAUGAUCGGCAUGUUCAUCCUCUAUUCUUACUACUUGGGUGCCAAGGUCAACCCGGCCUUCACCACGGUGGAGGAGAGCUUCAAGACUCUGUUCUGGUCUAUAUUUGGACUGUCCGAGGUGUCCUCUGUGGUGCUCAAGUACAACCACAAGUUCAUCGAGAACAUUGGCUAUGUGCUCUAUGGAAUCUACAACGUGACCAUGGUGGUGGUGUUGCUCAACAUGCUGAUCGCCAUGAUCAACAGCUCCUAUCAAGAAAUCGAGGACGAUGCGGACGUGGAGUGGAAGUUUGCACGCUCCAAGCUAUGGCUGUCGUACUUUGACAACGGCAAGACACUGCCUCCUCCCUUCAGCAUCGUUCCCACUCCCAAGUCCUUCUACCACCACAUCAGGUGGAUAGUCGGCAUGAUGCAUUGCCGACAAAGGAGUGUGAAGAAGGAUCAAGAGCUGGGGUUGGACAGUUCAAAGUCCAGGCUCAAUCUCUUCACCCAGUCCAACCUACGCAUUGCAGAGUCCCACAGCAUUCUGAACCAACCCACUUGCUAUCAGCAAAUCAUGAAGCGACUCAUCAAACGCUACGUUUUGAAAGCACAAGUGGACAAAGAAAACGACGAGGUCAAUGAAGGUGAACUGAAAGAAAUCAAGCAGGACAUCUCCAGUUUACGUUACGAACUCCUGGAAGACAAGUCUCAGGCUACAGAGGAGCUGUCCUUGCUUAUCCAGAAACUGAGUGACAAAUUGAACCUAGGCCCUACUACACGCUUGCCCUACAAGUGACACCCUCCCCCACCAACCCACAGUUCAAGAGAUGCAAGAGGGAAGUGUAUAUCAAAGCAGCCAACAUCCCAGCAUUUCCCCACACACUUCACAGUAACCCACUGGCCAGGUUGUUUUGUAAAUGAUAAUGUGCUAUUUUGCAUGAAGGUAGUUUAAACAGACAAAAACAGCACAAGGAAAUAGCGAAAAUGAUUGCCUCACUCUUCUGUUGUAGGGAGAGGCUGCCCUUAGAUGUUAAGAUUGGGGGAGCGGAAGCUGAUCCUAGAUCUGUACCUAGAGGAAACUUCACCUGAAAGCCACAAUUUUCCAUUAUGACAAAGAUUGUGUUACUGUUAGAGAUUUUUCAGAUGAAUAUUAAAUAUUGGCGGGGGUUCUAAGCUGACAUAUGGAAUUGUUUUAAGAUGGUCACUAUGGAUCAUACUAUGGAUCAUUUAGCUAUUUGAAUUAGAAUUUUUGGACCCCUUUAGG